UAGUAUUUCGAAGAUGUCACUAACGUCGCUGUUUGUAAUUUAAAGAGCCUGAUGUGCUAUAGCAGCUAACCUCUCUCUUCAAACUCACUAUUCGACAAGAAAUUUCUUGUCGAGCAAACUUCCGUGAGAUGAUUCACAUUUUCAUAAAUGAAAUCACGUGAACUGCUCACUUUUCACACAUUUUCAUUAUAUUUUACGUUAGUUACACAAUCGAUACCUUAAACGCAAGAUCCACGUUGUGUUUGGUUAUGUGUACUAUUCUUUCCACAAAAAGUCAAAACUCGAUCUUUAUAGAAGAAUAUAUAUAUAUAUGAAAUUAAAUUUGCAAUUUACAAGUUCAUUUAAUAAUAUAUAGUUUAUUUUAUACCUUUCUCAAUACUGCACAGAAUACGCAAUAUUAAAAUCUAAUCUGUGACAGAAGAUAACUAAGUGGUCCCUCCUGUGUGACUUACGAAUAUUGUAAAUAUGAAUCUCCUUCCAACUACGCACGAGGAAUUCAGUCACCCAGAAUAUUGGAACACGUUCUUCAAAAAGUGUGGCAAAAAGGCAUUCGAAUGGUAUGCUGAAUAUCCACAAUUAUGCGAAAUACUUGUGAAAUAUGUCAAAAUGAAGGAUGACAUCCUGAUCGUUGGUUGCGGUAAUUCUACAUUAAGCAUGUCUUUGUACGACACUGGUUACAGAAAUAUCAUUAAUAUCGAUAUAUCACACAUUGUGAUCAAACAAAUGCGCGAUAUAAAUAACAGUACAAGGCCAGAUCUGAUAUACGAAUAUAUGGAUGCCACGCAAAUGACAUAUCCUGAUGAUAAAUUUAGUGUGGUUCUUGACAAAGGUACACUGGACGCUCUAAUGCCAGAUGCCAAACAGACAACGGUAUCUAAAGUUGAUAAAUAUUUCAAGGAAAUCACACGAGUGUUACGGAAUGGAGGCAGAUACAUCUGCAUAUCAUUGCUACAAGAGCACAUUUUACGUAAACUCUUGUCAUACUUUCCUGCUUCGGGUUUCAUGUUUCGCAUAGUACGAUGCCAUGAAGCCGAGUCGAAAGCGGGUGUGGAAGAAGGCAGUGCGCUCCCUGUCUUCGUGAUCGUUGCUACAAAAUUCACUAAAUUAUCCCAAAAUGUUCUCGAGAUAGCUCUGGUCGAUGGCCCACCUGAACGAUUAUCUACGACGGAUGACAUGGUAUCCGCCGUAUUGUCCGCGCAACAAUCGGCACUGACGUGCUACGGUCUUUAUAAGAGAAGCGUCGCCGAUAUGGGUGAAGUAUCGUUGGAUUUAAAUCGUCCAGGUGAGGAGCAUCCACGGUACACCGUCUACAUUCUCGAUCAACCACGUACGCGUAGGGCAAAGACAUACGCGGCAUUCAUUGUUCCACAGGGAAAAGAAACGGAUUGGUUGUUUAAUACAAAGGAAGGGCGACAGCAGGUCCUGAAAAGCGCGCAGCACGACAGACUCGCAAUUGUCACCUUACGCAGAGAACACAAAUUUGAAAGUUGGGACGCCGUGAAAACAGAGUUAGAAGAUUUCGUUCGUAAUUUAGCACCGGCCGGUUUCUGCGACAAGAACGAUAUUCCCUUUCUGUCUCUGGGUACCGAUGUUGGAGUUCGAAACAUUUGCUACGAAGGAAAGAGCGACAUGAGUGGACCGUUUGUUAUCGAAGAAGUGGAAAAUGAUGGCCACGAGUUCAGGCGGCUCGUGUUCCUGAAUAAUCCGUAUGUCAUUCAGAGCGAAGCCAGACUGAAAGAAGCAAAAUCUAGACGUGGUAAAACGAAGAAAGUUGCCGAUCCUGGAUUCCUGGCUUGUGAACAUCACAUACAUAUGAGUGCUGGAGUGAAUGCGGUAAUCGAUACGAAAGAAAAGGACGAAAUUAUGAUUAUAGGACUCGGAGGUGGUGGUCUUUGCAUGUUCUUACAUCAAUGUUUCCCCAAACUAAAAAUUACUGCGGUCGAAAUUGACAAGGCGAUGCUAAAAGUAGCUACCGAAUACUUCAAUCUCGUUCUUGAUGAUCGAAUGAAAGUGGAAAUCGCGGAUGGAAUUCAAUAUAUUAAAAAUGUUGCGGCGUCCGAGACAAAGUACAAGGCAAUACUUUUCGAUAUCGAUAGCAAAGAUACUACUGUCGGAAUGAGUUGUCCGCCUAAACAAUUUCUUGAAAUGUCAGUGUUGAACGCAGUUGCGGCGUGCUUAACGAAAAACGGUCUUUUUAUCUUGAAUUUGGUCAGCAGAGAUAAAAAUUUGAAACAGAAAGCCAAAGAUGAUUUAAAAUCGGUAUUCCAAUCGAUCACUUGUCACCCCAUUCAAGAUGAAAUAAAUGAAAUCGUUAUGUGUUCCAUCGAAAAACAGAAUCCGAAAGAAUGGAAAAACAGACUUAGACUCGCCGCCAUCGAUUUAAACAAGCAAGCAACUGCGACAAAAUUAUCCUCUUUCAAGGAAUCAUUUGACGUCUCCACACUUUUAGAAAGUUUAUCUGCGGAAUCCUAAUCACUUUGUACAAAUAUCUUCGUUGUGAUAAAUAAAAUUAGAAAUAUAAUUUCUACAAUGGUUUAACAUAUAAAUUAUAAAAUUUCCUUUUUACAAAUUUAUUAUCUGAAAUUAAAAUAAGAAUUAAUUCGACUCACCGACACGAUGCGCAGCAGCAGAGUUACGAAAUUUGUUGAACUGUAAAACAGAAAUAUAUUCAAGUUACAGCAAGAUCC